UGUGAACUGGUUGCUGAGCUGGAAGCUGUUAGAUGAUUGGAGUGCGGUUGCUUGGAAGCGGGCGGUAUGCGUUAUAGCGUACAAGCAUAGAACACACCGGAUUUUAUGGAGGGAUAAAGAAGAUACAUUGUAGUAACUGGUAAUUCAGGGUUCAACAAACAUUUGUUUGUGUCAUCAGUUCCUAGCAUGCUGCUAUGGCUGUGAAUCUAUAGAUCCUAUAUCUAUACAAUAAUUAUGUGCUUUAUGUAUACUUCUAACACCUAAAACCUUGCAAUUGUUUGGACGCAUAUUGCAUUACUUUACAAACACAGAUUCUUUUUUGAAUUGGUUCUGUCCUUGUACAUUGUGAAUUUAUUUUAUUAUCGGCUAGUCGGCUGAUAACGGUAGUUGGAUGUUAAUGUAACCUUCUGGCUGUUAUUGUAAUAUCUAUUUUGACAUUAACCAAUAUUUAAUUUCCUUCGUGUGCAGUUGAUCCCCAUCCUACUCCAUUUGUUAUGAUUGGUUUACAUGUAUAGUGGCUUUGGGUGUAGUUUUAUAUUGAGCUAAAUAUAUUACUUAGCUUAAUGUCUACUAAUCUUUUGCCAAGUUUAAUCCCUUCUGAAUGCACUUAUAUGUUGCAGAAUUAACCCCCUUAAAUGGGAAAUGCCCUGAGUUGGAAUGGAGGGUUGGAAACAGAUAUUGUUAUGGACCAAACUGAUUAAAUAAAUAAAAAAUUAGCCCAGGAUAACCAGGUGUCUAUUAAAGAGUUAGUCCAACCACUUUAAGAAGUGGUGAUAGUGGUAGGAGUCUAGAUAUAAUAUUAUUUAUAUAGCGCCAGCAAAUUCUGUAGCACUGUACAAUGGGUGGACAAACAGACACAUAAUUGUAACCAGACAAAUGGACGCACAGGAACAGAGAGGUCGAAGGCCCUUCUCAAUGAGCUUACAUGCUACAAGGAAUGGGGUAUAGUCACACAAAGGGUAUAAGUUGGGGAAAUGAAAUUGGUUGCUAGAAAAGUAAUCACCGAGAACUUAGUAGGUUAUUUUUGACAGUUGCAGGAGAGGAGUCACGCGGGAGGUACUCCCUUCCAGGUCCUCCCUUUCCUGCAGCCCUGGGUCUUCCCACCCUCUCUCUAAUGAAGGGCCUUUGGGCUGGUAAGGGUGAGCUUUUAUCUCCCCACCAGCCCAAGAGGGCCCAAAGCAAGGAAACGAGGACCUACCCUGUCAGCAUGGGCAUUGCGGUGGGGCCCCAAUGCUUGUUGGGCCCCUGGUCAAGUGCCCAGUGUGCCCAUGCAGAAUGACGGUCCUGCAGUGCACAUGACUUAGGCUGCCAAGAACUCUGUUUUCUGAAUCAGUUCUCUAUGAGAAAACUUUUUCUUCUUCUUAAGAACAACAUAUUUGUAGAAAUCCUGUAAAAGUAUACGUUGCCAUGUAGCGUACGAAUAGCACAUUAUGCUGUAGAUUAUACUUUAUUACAUAUAUACAAAGUAAUGAGCUAUGAGGCGUCCGUUACAUAUGCAUCCGAGUGGAAUUAGUGUGUAGCCAGGAAGUUGACCUAAAAAGUAAUGCUGAGUUAAAGGGACACUAGUCUCAUAAACAACUUUCGCUUAAUGAAGCAGUUUUGGUGUAUAGAUCAUGCAUCUGAAGUUUCACUGCUCAAUUCUCUGCCAUUUAUGAUUUAAAUCACUUUUGUUUAUCUUUUCUAUGCACAUCUCCCUGCAUGUGACUUACCCAGCCUUCCUGUAAAGUGUCAUCUAAUGUUUACACUUCCAUUAUUGUAAAUUAUGUUUAAUAUAGAAUUUCUUAUCUUUGGUCUGUUAAUAGCUUGCUAGACUUGCAUGGGCCUCCUGUGUAAUUAAAGUUUAAUUUACAAAGCAGGGGGGAAAAACUUUUAAAGUAAGUUACAUCUGAUUGAAAAAGAAAAAAAAUUUUUCAUGCAGGCUGUGUCAGUCACAGCUAGGGCUGUAUAAACAGAAACAUAUGUGGUUUCGCAGGGAAUUGAACAGUCAAACUCACAAAAAUUGCUUCAUUAAGCUAAAGUUGUUUUGGUGACUAUAGUUUCCCUCUAAGGCACUGUUCCUGUCUACUGAAUUUCCAGUCGGGCUGUGCACGCUUCAUGGGUAACCUGUUUGAUUUCUUUUGAAGUCCCGAAAGACGGGCCUGUGAUUGGUCAGCCCAUAUUUAAGCAGAAAUCUUCAUACAAAUGUGGCAAACAAAAAUAAAAAAGGGGCAAUUACAAAAAACUUCAGCUGUUACGCUUCUUAAUAGGGCUGAAUGUUGAAAACCAUUAGUAGGUCGAAGUUGUCAUUGUGGUUUAUCUAACCUAGGGCAUCAUUGUGCUCUAGGUAGUUGUAACCUUUUAAUUUAAAAUGUUUUGAAAAACAGCAAUUUUUACAUUAAAUAGUUAGGCAUGCCUCUAGUGAAUUACAUUUUAAAUUGCAUAAAUUAUUAGUAAGUCACCUAAAAUUUCUUAGAACAUGCUUGCCCUUGCCACAUCCUUACUUACACCCCUAAAAUUAAACUGUCCUUUGUCUUUUUGAAUUGUUGGUUGAUAUGAUUGGGUACCAGUUCCAAACCUGGUAUUCCAUAUACCAUUCUUGAUGUAGCGACAUCUUAGUUUGUGCAUAACUAGAUCCCACUUUUUGCAAACUUGUUCCUUUUCACCAAACUUUGUCAUUGCUUUCAUGUAUACCUAUUUCACAGCUGCUGUUUUAUUAGGAUGUUGGUAAUUUAUGGGGGAAAAAAAAUCAACAGGAAGAUGUAGUGCCAGAUGUGACUGGACUGGUAAAUAUGUUCAUUCUAGGGCCAAGACUAUGUUGUACCUGCAGCUCAUUCUUCUGCUUCUGUAACUCUGAUGCUGGGCUGAGGUAAGGACAUAGGUGGCAUGAAGGGGAGGACUGUGUUGACAUUGGCUGUUUAGCUCUAGCAUGCUGGCGUUGGAUGCCAAAUUUCCACAUUACUCACAUCAGCUGCUGGGAACAUUUGACCCUGGCUGAUGCUGCCAGAGAGUUAUUUUUGUCAGCAGAUGGGGAUAAUCUCUUUUAAGUGAUCAUGAUGCUUGGUAUAACUCUUUAAUGCAUAGUAGACUCUGAUUAGUGUUACCCUUUCACAAACAAUUGACAUAAAAACUGCUACAUUGAUUACCCAUGUCACACUCUGUGCCCACAUGACGACGAACCGUUCACAUUGAACACUCACUUCAGUAGUAUCCUGUGCAUUAGAAGGGAAUCUGUAAGCUUGUAUAAUGCUCUGUGAUUCCAUUUUGGUGUUUUUCAACUGGUCGCCUACCACUAAACAUACAGAAUAAAUUUUAAUAUGUAAUUCUCUUAUAAAAUAAAAUUACUGCAGAUAUACAUUUUUGUUUUAGCCUUACUCUAUUUUAGUAAUAUGGAUGAUUUAAAAAAAGGGGGGAAAAAAAAGGAUUCUCAAAGUACCAUAAUCUGUACAAGGUAUUGUAGUGUCUGUGAGUGAAGUCCCUCUAGUGGCAAGCUUUUUGUUAUGACAUAAGCCAGCAGAUGUCCCAACAUGCAAAGUCCACCCUCUGUUGGAGACGCUGCAGUGGUGGCUGAAGGACUAUAUAUAUAAUAUUACAUUGGCUUUCUUAAACAUGAAAUGGGUAGGAUGUGAAUAGGCCGUUCCUUGUCCCCCUUUAGUAAUAUUAAUCCAUCAUGUAGUUACUUAUGGUUUGUGGAAAUAGGUGAAUAUUCUCCCAUGCCUAUCAAUAUUGGACUUUGAAACGUUAGUUUUGGCUUCUUUUCUUUUACCUCGACCUCUCAUCUUGUGCAUGUGAGGGUAGAAGAGGUAGCCCUGUUAGUGUUAAUUUCCCUUUCAUUUUUUAUUUUUUAUUUUUUUUUUUACUUCUAUAUAUGCAGGUUGCUUAUAGAAAAACACUCAAAUAACAUUUUAUUUAACAUAACACUAACACAUUUAGAAUCUCUAAAAAUCAUAAAUGAAAAUAUCGAUUAGCAAAAAAAUACAGGAAAAAAAAAAAAAAGUUGUGGGCAUCUGAGAGAAAGAGAUGUGAUUAUAGCUUGCCUUCCGAAGAGGCAAUAUAGUCACCAGAACAAUUACAGAUUUUUGUAUUUGUUCUACUGAGUAUAAUCAUUCCCUUCAGGCUUUUCAGAGAAAAGGCCAUAUUUACAUUACAGCCUAGGGCAGUGAUGGCUAACCUUGACACCACAAAUUGUUUCUGGACUACACUUCCCAUGAUGCUCAGCUAGCUUUUAGAGUCUAAAAGCUAGUUGGGCAUCAUGGGAAAUGUAGUCCAGAAACAAUUUGUGGUGUCAAGGUUGUGUGUGUGUGUAUAUAUAUGUGUGUGUGUGUGUAUAUAUGUAUAUGUAUAUGUAUAUAAUAUAUAUAUAUAUAUAUAUAUAUAUAUAUAUAUAUAUAUAUAUAUAUAUAUAUAUACACACAGGGAGUGCAGAAUUAUUAGGCAAAUGAGUAUUUUGACCACAUCAUCCUCUUUAUGCAUGUUGUCUUACUCCAAGCUGUAUAGGCUCGAAAGCCUACUACCAAUUAAGCAUAUUAGGUGAUGUGCAUCUCUGUAAUGAGAAGGGGUGUGGUCAAAUGACAUCAACACCCUAUAUUAGGUGUGCAUAAUUAUUAGGCAACUUCCUUUCCUUUGGCAAAAUGGGUCAAAAGAAGGACUUGACAGGCUCAGAAAAGUCAAAAAUAGUGAGAUAUCUUGCAGAUGGAUGCAGCACUCUUAAAAUUGCAAAGCUUCUGAAGCGUGAUCAUCGAACAAUCAAGCAUUUCAUUCAAAAUAGUCAACAGGGUCGCAAGAAGCGUGUGGAAAAACCAAGGCGCAAAAUAACUGCCCAUGAACUGAGAAAAGUCAAGCGUGCAGCUGCCACCAUGCCACUUGCCACCAGUUUGGCCAUAUUUCAGAGCUGCAAAAUCACUGGAGUGCCCAAAAGCACAAGGUGUGCAAUACUCAGAGACAUGGCCAAGGUAAGAAAGGCUGAAAGACGACCACCACUGAACAAGACACACAAGCUGAAACGUCAAGACUGGGCCAAGAAAUAUCUCAAGACUAAUUUUUCUAAGGUUUUAUGGACUGAUGAAAUGAGAGUGAGUCUUGAUGGGCCAGAUGGAUGGGCCCGUGGUUGGAUUGGUAAAGGGCAGAGAGCUCCAGUCCGACUCAGACGCCAGCAAGGUGGAGGUGGAGUACUGGUUUGGGCUGGUAUCAUCAAAGAUGAGCUUGUGGGGCCUUUUCGGGUUGAGGAUGGAGUCAAGCUCAACUCCCAGUCCUACCGCCAGUUCCUGGAAGACACCUUCUUCAAGCAGUGGUACAGGAAGAAGUCUGCAUCCUUCAAGAAAAACAUGAUUUUCAUGCAGGACAAUGCUCCAUCACACGCGUCCAAGUACUCCACAGCGUGGCUGGCAAGAAAGGUAUAAAAGAAGAAAAUCUAAUGACAUGGCCUCUUUGUUCACCUGAUCUGAACCCCAUUGAGAACCUGUGGUCCAUCAUCAAAUGUGAGAUUUACAAGGAGGGAAAACAGUACACCUCUCUGAACAGUGUCUGGGAGGUUGUGGUUGCUGCUGCACGCAAUGUUGAUGGUGAACAGAUCAAAACACUGACAGAAUCCAUGGAUGGCAGGUUUUUGAGUGUCCUUGCAAAGAAAGGUGGCUAUAUUGGUCACUGAUUUGUUUUUGUUUUGUUUUUGAAUGUCAGAAAUGUAUAUUUGUGAAUGUUGAGAUGUUAUAUUGGUUUCACUGGUAAUAAUAAAUAAUUGAAAUGGUAUAUAUUUGUUUUUUGUUAAGUUGCCUAAUAAUUAUGCACAGUAAUAGUCACCUGCAUACACAGAUAUCCCCCUAACAUAGCUAAAACUAAAAACAAACUAAAAACUACUUCCAAAAAUAUUCAGCUUUGAUAUUAAUGAGUUUUUUUGGGUUCAUUGAGAACAUGGUUGUUGUUCAAUAAUAAAAUUAAUCCUCAAAAAUACAACUUGCCUAAUAAUUCUGCACUCCCUGUGUGUGUGUAUGUGUAUGUAUAUAUAUGUGUGUGUAUAUAUAUAUAUAUAUAUAUAUUCAUAUCAAAGUACACGUACAAUGAUAUUGACUAUAAAAUAAAAUUUUAAAAAUAAAAAUAUAUACAUGUAUAAUUUCGUUCUAACUGUUUUAAAAUUAAUAUACAUAUAUCAAAGUGUGUGUGUGUGUGUGUAUAUAUAUAUAUAUAUAUAAUAAUAUAAAAAUUCCACAUAUAUAUUUAUGUAAUAAGUUUACAUAAUUAGGUCAUUUUAUUAAUUACAAUUUGCAGGACCUGCCAACCCAGGCCGAAAGUUCAGGGAAUUUAAUUUGCUAGCACUAAAUUUAACCCUGUAACUUUCCAAUACACCAUAAUACCUGUACAUGGGGGUACUCUUUUACUCGGAAGACUUCGCUGAACACAAAUAUUAGUGUUUCAAACCGUACAAUAUUUUUUUUUGCAUUUUUUUCACACACAAAUGGCACUUACACUGACAAUAUAAUUGUGAUGCGUUUUACUGUUUUGAAACACUAAUAUUUGUUUUCAGCGAAGUCUGCCAGGUAUAACAGUACCCCUCAUGUACAGGUUUUAUGGUGUUUUCAAAAGUUACAGAGUCAAAUAUAAGGCUUACGUUUCAGGUUUUUCACAUUGAAAUUCGCCAAGUUGGUUAUGCUGCCUUUGAGACCGUACGGUAGCCCAGGAAUGAAAAUUACCCCCAUGAUGGCAUACCAUUUGCAAUAGUAGACAACCCAAGGUAUUACAAAUGGGGUAUGUUCAGUCUUUUUUAGUAGCCACUUAGUCACAAACACUGGCCAAAAUUGGCAUUCAAAUUAGUUUUUUGCAUUUUCAAAUAUCAACACUAACUUUGGCCAGUGUUUGUGACCAAGUGGCUACUAAAAAAGACUGGACAUACCCCAUUUGCAAUACCCUGGGUUGUCUACUUUUGCAAAUGGUAUGCCAUCAUGGGGGUUAUUCUUAUUCCUGGGCUACCAUACGGUCUCAAAGGCAACGUAACCAAUCUGGCAAAUUUCAAUGUGAAAAAACUGAAAAAUGUAACACGCUAUAUUUGACUCUGUAACUUCCCAAAACACCAUAAAACCUAUACAUAGGGGGUACUGUUUUACACGUGUGACAUCGCUGAAUACAAUUAUGUGUAUUUUAUUGCAGUAAAAGCAAACCGUAUUAUGACAUUCACAGUUAGAAUGUCACAUAGAACUAAAAAAAAAUAGUAAUUUUUAUUUUUCCCCAUUUUUAAAAAUAUUUUAUUCAUAUUAAAUUACGUUUCAUACCUAUAUAUUUGAUGUUAAAUGAAAGCCCGGUUUCCCCUGAAUAAAAUGAAAUAUAUGUGUGGGUGCACAUAAUAUGAAAGAGGCGAAUUAAACCUGACAUAUAGCGCAAAUUCCAGUUUUUGUUUACGUUUUGUUUUGAUCGCAACGUGUACAUUUGGCUGCGUCCUUAAGGGGUUAAUACAACAUUAAUUUUGAGGCAUGGCUAACACAUCUUCUUUUCCUUAUGUAGAAUAAAAUGUCUCGUGGAAUCCCGAGAAAUUCUGUGCUGGCCCGAGCUCAGGCUCAGUUGGCGGGUAAAAGAGUUCCUGUAAAAUCGGAGGAUCCCACAGAUGAACAUCAGGUACACAUGGAAAGACAGAUAAUAGGAAUUCUAGGGAUUCCAUAGGGUAUCGAGACAAUGUUUACCAACAUCGACCAAAGAUGCAACUGCUAUAUUCUGUAAUCACAGUGGAAUAUCUUUUUAUAACUUUGUAUUCUCUAUUCAACACAUUGAAAGUUAGGGGCUAACAUUGAUUUAUUUUUAAGGCAUCACUUGUGACCCAGUCUUUUCUUUUUUUUUCUUUUUUUAUUUCAUGAAUUGCAUUAGGAUUUUAUAGAUUUUUAUUAAUAACUACCUCCCCGGUUAUUCAUUUAAUAACCUCCACCUAUAGGUGGGGACUAGUGGGACAGGUUAAUAUUGAUUCAAUAGUCCACACUCGCUGCCUGUUGAUGGGAUCUGAGCGGUAAGUAGUUUUCGUUAUCCCCACCCCCCACAUCCCAUCGUUUAGUAUUUAAUUAGGACUCCCCUAUUCCCCUGCUACCUGUUCCAGGGCUCCUUGGACGUUACUAGCAACUGGGCAGUCGCUAUUUGUUUUUUAUGUCAAGCAGCCACUGGAUGCUUGUAUUUUAGUGAACAUGUCCCACCCGCAGCAUGUUGUCUGGGGGCAUAAGGAAGGUUUAAUACUGAUAUAAGGGUCAUAUUGACCCCAUAGUCGUUAAAAAAAGAAAUUAAAACAAAGCCCAACAUGCUUAGUCGUUUAAAAAAAAAAAAAAAAAGCUAAUAAAGUGUCUUAUGAAGCACAUUUAUCAAAGAUUUUGUUUCAGCUAUGACAGAAGUAAUUGAAUAUAUUGGUUAAAACCUAUUUUUCAGGAGCACAGGCAGGUCUUGGAAAUAUUUUGCCAUUUGGCCAAACAUUCAAUCAUCUUUUUAUUACAAGAACACUAUAGUGUUAGGAAUACAAACCAUAUAAUGCUUUCCGAUGAGCUGGUGUGUCACUUGACUGAAUUUUACUCAGUAGACGCUGCACGAGCACUUCUAGUGGCUGUCUGGUAGUUGUUUAACCCUGCAAUGUAAACAUUGCAGUUUCUACAAUACUGCAAUGCUUUACAGCACAGGAGUACAAUCACAGCACCUCUGCACCCAGACUUCUUCAUUGAGGUGAAAUGGCCUGUGUGACGCUAGUGAGUUUAAGAAUGGCCAAGAAAUAUAGGUGAUUGCAGCCACACAAAUAUCUUUAUGAAUAGCAUACAUUCAAACUAAACACAUUGUGCUGUAAGACCUGUUUGCAAAUUAAACCAUUUUCCUACCAUUUAGAGGCUGUGUGAGUCAUUGCCAGGGAAGGUGUGACCAGGGCUGCAUAAGCAAAGGGAUUUAAAGGAACAAUCUGGGCACUAUAGCAAUUUUAUCUCUUUGAAUUCAUUAUAGUGCCUGGAUUACCUUGGUGCUGUCACUCCAUUCAGUGUUAAACCGGUUUUGAGUAGUUUAACAGUUAAUUUGGGUACUUGGCCAUACACAGCUCAGCUACAACUGGGGGUAUCUUACCCUCCCAUGGCUGGUCAGGCUAUUGAGGAAGCAGCAUAGAGGGGACAUGCUGGACACCAAUUAAGCAUUAAACCAUUAAAAUUGGAUUUACACAAAAUGGAAGGAUGGUGUCGGGGCUACAGACACUAUGACCACUUCAAUAAGAGUUAAAAGGAACACUAUCUGUACUGUAACUGCUUCAUCUCAAACUGUAGAGAAUUUUACUGUAACUGCAGUGAUAUUCUCUCUAAGACUUCAUUAAGCUAAAGUUGUUUUGUUGAUUUAGAGUAUCCCUCUUAAUCAAAACCUAAAGACGUAACAUAUGGACUUUAGAACUAUAUUAUAAGUUGCCGGUGUUAAAUAAGGUUUCAGAAAUUAUUGGUACUAAAACAUUUGACUAUUCCUUUUCCUCUUCUUAUUUUGUUAGAAGUACAUUGAUGAACUCCACAAAAAAACAAGAGCCUUAAAGCUUGCUCAGCCAUCAUUUGCAGAUCUAAGUGACAUUUCAGCUGAUGAGCAGAUAACUGAGAAAUACAAUGAGAAUGAAGCCUUUCAUUGGCCAGCAGGAACACAGAGCCGGUUCCUGAAGAAAAAAACAUUGGAUUCGAACAACACUCUUGCUUCCUCAAAUGAAAAGGCAUUAUCUGAUCGUUUAUACCCUACUAAGUCAAAGCCACUUUCCAUAGCUGAUCAGAAGAGAUUGACAGAGACUAAUAACAGACUCCAAAUAUGGUAUUAGUUAUCUUUUCUAUUAGUUUUUUUGUUUUGAGCAAUGUUCUGCUGUUUUUGUAUCUUAAACCCAGUGGCUGCAUCAUUUCCUGGUAUAGUUCUAGAUCAGAUGUUUCCAAAGGUAGACCUCCAGCGGUUGUAGAACCUCAAGUUUCUUGGUGGUUUGUCAGCUCUGUUAUUAUUGUCAGUGUAGUUCUACAACAUUGGGACUUCUAAAUUUGCCCACCCUGUUCUAAAGCCUUUUGAAUUUUUCCUUACAUUUUCUAUCACAUCACCUCAUUUCUUAUUUCUAAGUCUACAAACCCAUUGUUCUGAAUGUUCUAGAAAAGCUAAAGUCUAAAUUUAGAUUUCUCAAGUUUUCAAAUAUGUCCUUGUUACUUUAUUUACUUGAUCGUUUACAUUUCUAUGGUCCUUCUUUGCAGGAAAUCUGAAUUGGAUGUUUCUGUUAAUGACUCUGACCUGCGAACCUCUGAGGAUGGGCCAUUCUCUAAUAGGUCAAGCAGUGACUUCAGCACAAGAGGUGCCAAAUUCUUGAAGAAAAAUGUUAACAAUGAGCAAGUGCAUAAAGGAGGACUUGCAACCGUAAACCUAUCAACAGAGAGUAAGAAAGUUGCUUUUGAAAAUGAAAAAGGGGAACCCUUGCAGACUCUUAGCUCAGUCGAAGCAUCAGAAGAAUUGGAGAAGUGGUGGAAAGCAGCGGUGAGCAUUUUUAUAUUUUAAUAAAUAAUACUGCCUUGGUAGAAUUCAUGGAAAUUUUAAUCUUCCAGAUAUGUUUACAUUUUAGAAGUCAGGAAAAGAAUAUGUUGGUACUUUAUGAAUGCCAGUAAUAAAUAAAUGUAAUGAAGUAGAAAGUGUCACGCUCACCUGGUUAUGAGCUAUAGUCCUAGCUCAAAGAAAAUUGCAUUAGCAGUAUAAAUAACGGAACAUGGCAGCAUGUAAUAAAAACAUUAGUUUUAAAUAACAUAACAUCAAACAUAUCAUUACUACUAUAGCUCCUAAAAUUGUGAGUGCGAUACUUUCUACUCCAUUACAUAGAGAUAUAUUUUUCAUAACUGUAGAGUCAGACUAUAUACAUUUGCUUCUUUCUCAUAUUGGUACAAUGCUGCAAAGAACACUUCCAGCAAGAUAGGUACAUUUUAUUUUUGCGCCUAUGAUUUAUUGUUUCUUUUGUCUAAAACAUGUCAUGAACGCACCAUACUUCAAGAGUGUGCGUGACUUAGUUGUGGUGGUUAAAGGUUACUAGUUGUCUGCACUAGACCGGAAAUAAUUAUAUAAAAAAAAAAAAAACCUUAACACCACCCACACUUGAGCAUAAUAAUAUAAAUAUUACUAUUUUAAUGCUGUCACCACCAAGACAAUUUAUAAAUGGGGUGCCUUUGUCCCCCAGGUAACUUAAUACUAAAAAAAACACCAAAUACACAAUAGAUAUGCAAUUGCAAAAGACUCAUUAGUCUCUUCAGGUAACGUGAUUCUUUACCAGACAAAGGCAGAACUCAAUAAAGGAACAUUCAUUAUGAGCAAAAAAAUAGUCACAGUGCAUACAAAAAUAUAGAUGAUAAACAAAUUAUUUACACCAACAACAGAUACAAACAAAGGGGAUAAAAUAACAGAAGUCCUAAUCACUUACUACUUAGGUUUUCAAAGUAAAGCUUCUGCCCAGGGGGUCUUUGGCAAUGAAGAUGGUGACUCACUCAAAAUGAGAUUUUGGCCCCAAGCAAGUACAAUACACAUUUCAAUAUCAUUGGAUAUAUACCCUGUGGAUUACCAAGCCUGGCCCAGAGGUGGAGAUAAUGCGUACCUAUAGAGACAAUAAGUGACCACUCCUUUGUGUUCUAAAUCAACUUUAAUUCAAAUGGAAACAUUUGAUUCUAUAUCCUCUUAUGUACUUGCCACAGAAAUAUUGCAUCUGUGAAUUUACCAUUUUUCCAUUCCAUAGAUGUGUCACACUUCUUACUUGUGACCCAAUAUAGCAGACAUCACAAUCCAUUCACAUAUGGUUAAGUUAAGCAAUCCUGUUUAGGCUUAGUUAGAAGAUUGUGCAUGUCCCAUUCUAACGAUAAUAAGUGAGGCUUAAUUAUUUAUUUGUGGGUAAGUAUUAAUGUUUCUUUUGGAUAUGAUACUUGAACACUAGGGGUUUUUCUUGAAAGCUAAUUACCAUUCAUAUCAAAGGACUCCCUAUCUAAGAGGAAAUCUAGACAUAUGGCAAAUUAGUUAGUUUAUAUUUAAACCAGACUUCCAGGCCACUUAUAUGUGACUUCUCAAACCGUACAGAGUAGCUCUGUUGGGGUCCUCCGCUUCAAAGAGGAAUUUAGGUUCUAAACCAUCUGACCUCCCAUACAAUUAAAUUAACCCUUUUUGAAAUUUACAAUACCACCUCUACCAAGUGGCCAAUUCAUCUAUGCACUACACAGAUUACAUUAAAUGGCAAUAUUUUAUAGUGCAACAAUAAGAUUGCACCAUUGCCGUGACCAUCAACAUAUUGUAAUAUCGAACUGCCUUCAAGAUAAACCACUCUUUUAUAAACAAAUGUGAUCUGUGCAUCAUAUCUACUGUAAAUAAUUUUACAACUAGAAAUUAAAAAUCCACACAGGAAUAUAUGCCAAUGUUGGGUAACAAGUAGUGAUGUCCUGAACAGUUCGCCGCGAACUCCUCAUUGAGUAAACUUUGACCCUGUACCUCACAGUCAGCAGACACAUUCCAGCCAAUCAGCAGCAGACCCUCCCUCCCACUUCCUGGACAGCUCACUAAGAAUGCAGCUUCACAAUGAAUGUAAAAUGGAUGCUGUCCAGGAGGUGGGAGGGUCUGCUGCUGAUUGGCUGGAAUGUGUCUGCUGACUGUGAGGUACAGGGUCAAAGUUUACUCAAUGAUGUGUCUGCGGAGAACCGUUCGCGGCGAACCGUUCGGGACAUCACUAGUAGCAAGCAGUGUGGCAUUGUGAGACAACUUUCCACCUUUCAUUGCCUCCCACUACACUCUUCAGUGCUCCUGUGGGUUGACCACAACCCAAAACCUGUAAAAACAAUAUCUUCUUAUCUCUACUAUGCACUAGAAACCAGCCAGGACUCCAUCGCCUCCCAGCAAAGGGACCCCACGCAGGAGCUUACGUCAGAGUCCAACAGCUCCAGGCUUCAACUCUCCACGAAGACCACUUUCACGAUUUCUUUCCAGGACUCCCUCACCACCAAGUCGAGGAACACCUAGGUUCCGCAGAACACCCUCCUUAACCCGCUUAGCAUCCCGUUCUCCCUCACUGUCAGCAAGGAGCUCCAUAACUAACUCCUCCCCAAGGCUCAGGUUAAGACGUAGCCAAACACCAUUAUCUCAGAGAAGUGACUUUAAAUCUCUUGACGAGCUUUUCUCCAGAACAGAAGAUGUCAGCAGUGCAAGUUCCAAUGGUUUGUACUUCUUACCAUUUUUACUUUACAUAGCUACUUAUUGCAAUAUAUUUUUAUGGUUGAAAGAUGCAUUUUCCAAACUACACCAAUAACUGGAGAUUCUGGCUCCUGAUUUAUAUCCUGUGUAAUCGCAAUUAUUCCAGUUUUUUAGCUGAAGGGAAGUUGAUGUGACCAGUAUGUCUGACCAAGACACUCAAAAUAGUUCAUUUAUUAUGGGGGCUUAAAUGACAUGCAUGCAUUAUUUUCCUGCAGACAAGGUUUUAUACAUGCAGAAAUUUGCUAAACUCACUGCAGUUAAAUGCCUACUCCACCGAUUUAAAAUUUCACGUCCUGUGCCACUAACCAGGCUUUACAAGUUACUUGCCAGUGCAAGUUUGAAUGGUCCAUGGCACUCUCAUGAUAUUGCACACAAGUAACACAUCCAGCCGCAUUGUCCCCACAAAAACAUUACAUUGCACUUACAAAGAAAAUGGACCCAUGGCAACUUUUCUGUAUGUGUGAGUGUGUUUAUAACUAUCUUUCUUUAUGUGUGGGAGAGUGCACAUAUGAGCUCCUGGAUGUGUGCAUGUACAUAGAUGCAUAUCCACAAUCUCCCAUACAUACAGACAUCAGUAAGUGGCAAUGUCUGUAUGUAUCAUAUUACUGCAUGUAUGCCUUUAUGUAUAAGAGCAUGCCCAUUUUUAUGCCUAAAAGUAUGAGAGUGCAUAGCUAUAACUGGGUUUGAACCUGUGUAGUUUAUUUUAAGAUGCGGGUAUAGAUUUGUUGGGUAGGGUCACAGUAGAAUAGGUUUCCGCUUUAUAAAUGCUUUUAAAGGAACACCAUAACCACUCUAGCACUUUGUUUUGGUUACAGUGCUAGGUGUGCCCCAGUGCCCAACCAUUGUAAGGCAACAAACCACUUUUAGAAUGGUUUAACUUCUUACUCGUGUUCCACUAGUCAUCCCUGCCUGACUCCUCUACUGCUCACUGAGAGCCAGAAUCUCUCUUUACUGAGCUUUGCACUCACUGAGCUGCAGAGGAGGUGUGGAGCCGCUCAUGGCAGACCUCAGGCAAGAGGUAAAGUGCCCUGUAGUGAUUAAUGGCACAUGUAGUGUUCCUUUUAAUGAAGUGUAAUUUCCAUGAGGGACUGUUGUAGAUAGGUACACUGUAGUAGGGUUUUGUCAUUUGUUCUAGACUUCUAUCGAUAGCAUAAAUAAGGGGCUUGUACAAGAGCUGAUAAAAGAACAUUCCAUUUGAAGAAGAAGAAGAAAAAAAGCUACAUAGUAGAUAUACCCACAAAGAAAAUAUGCAUGUAAUUUGUUUUUCAUGUUUUCUUUGGGAGUUUAUGAAAUCUUGGCUUACAAUAGCUUCACAUGUUACUGCAAACCCUCCCAGUAUUCCCCUGCACAGUCUUUGUGUCACAACUUAUUGAUAAGUCUUUACUAGGCAGAUGCUCUGUUUAGUGGCCUGCCUCUUGAGUUUAUUUCCACUGAGCUGAACUGCCAGGAAGUAAAAGGGUGGGCUGUCUGACAGCCAGGGAGGUGUAUCAAGGUUAAUUUCUAAACGUGUCCAUUUUAGGAUGUAUUUUGAGUGCCCCUUGAAUGGAGAUAUGGUGGUAGAUGAUGUUAUCCUGUCUACCAAAAAGGUAGAUUUCAUGCUGCUACAAUUGCCACCCCUGUGAUAGGUCCUUGUAGUAGUUUCAUUCACCUGAUCUGUGUAGGGAUUGUGAAGUGUAUAUAUAAUCCCUCCCUCAAAAACUAUGGAAAAACUAGGAUUUGUUGAGAGAUAGUAGACAAAAGUUCACUUCAGGAAGUUGCAUACCUCAGGGACACAGUAUGUGCAAGCCCUCCUCCUCACUUGACAAACUCCUUUGUUCAGUGUGAAGGGGCCUGAGCCAUGAAUGAGUACAUAUGUGGCCACAUCUAUAGCUUUAUUCCCAAAGCUUUAUUUACAUGUCCCUAAAAGUCCUGCUCAUCCUUCAUUGAAAACAAUAGAAGCUUCAUGAUUGACUGAUCCAUGGUUUGAUGAAAGCUCACUGGAGAAACUGCAAACAUGCCACUCUAACAACUUGGUCUGAGCAGUCCUCAAAGUCAAGCCAUGGGUUAUAUAUGCAUGGCAUGGGACUGACAGUCACUUCACAUAAAACAGUGAGCCAGUCAUUGAGUAAAAGCAGGCAUAAUGUAGCCGCCUCAAUCAUUUUACAGAGUGUUUCCACUCAUCCUAUAUGGUCAGUGGAACUACUCUUGGGUAUAAACACUCCCUCUUUUUUAUUUUAAUCUAAAUUUUCUUCCCCUGGACAAGGUGGUGUGAAUAAUUAAUGGGGUACGAAAGUGGCUAGUUUUCUAAAUGUGUAUUAGUGUAAUUUCUGCUGUGCGGUUUAUGAGCUAACUUUAUUCGUCAUUCUUCCAUCCUAGAUUUUAAAUUGAAUAUUUUAAGCCUUGAUGACUUGGCACCAGCAGAAGAUAAAGUGGAAACCAGCGGACAGGUGAGUAGGUGUUGAACCUUCUGGUUUUUACAGAGCACAAACAAUUUAUUGCUCAGAACAUACUGAAAACAAAAAGAAAGACCUUAUUCUGUCAGUGCCGAGCUUCAGGAUAUUAUCUCAUGAAAUACAGAAUAUUCAGAGCAAACAUGAAUGUUUCUGAAGUCAAUCACACAAGAUUUCUUGUUAGUAAGCAUUGUUGUCCUACACUCUGUUCAGAGGAGUUGAAUGUACCACUCCCCCCAUUUCACCAAGUCCAGGAUGGUACUUCCAUAAGGUUUAAUAGAUAUAGGUAAAACACUCCUGGUAAAAGAAAAAAAAUGCCAUCCAUUUUUUCCCUAUGAAAAAAGGUACAUAAGCUUGCCACUCAUAUUCUGGUUGCCAGUUCUAACACUUCUGUGGGCUGUAUUUGGGAUUUUGGAAGGGAAGCAGGGUUAGCCAAUCCCUACAAGAGGUCAUUCUACUUGAAAUGAUCAGAGAUAUUGCUUUAUAAAGAGUCACUUAGAGAUUUUUAAGUGAGAUGAGCACCCUAAUAUCCAAUUUCCCAUAUAUUAUAUUACAUUUCAGUACACCGAAUGGUAUUUGCUAUAACAUUUUCCUAUACGUAGCAUAUGGUACCCUUCCAUUUCUACAUGUGCAUCGGAUACUACAGGAAGGCUGAAGCCCUUCAGUAGCAUGACCAUCCAAAUUAUUCAAGUGUGUUUUUCUGCUGGCAGACUGUCUGGCUAGAAAAGUCAAUGUUGCCGUUCUCAAAGGUAUUGUGAAUCAAACUGUUCUUUAUGCUGCAACUGAAUAGAGGUGUUAAAUGUUGCAUAUGUUUUUUGAGCAUUAACACACUUCAUUUGUCCUACUGUUUACUGGUCUUAAAAAAAAUUUCAGAAUAAAUAAAUAAAAAGGUUGUUUUGGUUAAUACCAUUAAGAGGAUAUAAAAUAUUUGGAUAUCUGUGCAAAAGAACCAGAAACUUGUAUUACUCCAGAAAAACUCUUUUAUACAAUAUAUGUAGCAUAUAUAUACUUUCUAACAUUUUGUUCCUAGACAUAUUUUAGCAAUUUACAUAUUAACUUUUUUAGCAAAUGUUUUCUAAAACAGAUUUUGGUUUUCAAUUAUUUAUUUUGCAGAACGAGAAUAAAAUUACAGGAAAUGCCAAGUUUAUUCAUCAUCUAUCUGAUGACCAAGACAGAGCACCUUCACCUGAGGCAGAAGAUAGUAGCAAGAAAAGUCCUUCAAUCGAGAGCUCUGUGAUAUCAGAACAUGUGCACAGCAACCUGUCCAGGUCAUCUGAUCCCUCUAAGGAAAUAGAUGAUGAAAACACCAUUGACUCUGUUUACUCUGAGGAUUUUGAAGAUUCUGUGGAUAACUUACCCUCAGAGUCAGGAAAAAUUUCAAACUCCGAGUCGUCUUCGAAAGAGAAAUCAUAUACAGGAAGCAGACAAUCCUCAAGUCUCUCAUCACACUCUCGCCACCGCAAACCUCUUCAUCAAAGAAAAGUACAGAAAAAGACUGUAAAGGAAACUGCCAUACAGACAUGUGACUCUGGCUUUCCCAGUUACUGGUCACAUGGUAAUUGUUUACAUUAUAAAGGUUCUGUGAGGAGUUACUGAGAAUUAGACUUUAAUAAGGAAAUUAUAAUUUCUUAAUUAAAUUAGCGGGGGGGAGGAGGGACUGAAAUUCAGAAUAUUUUAUCCAAAUGCUAGUGUACAUAUUUCAAUUUUAUUGUUCUCCUUGUUUUAUUUUUACUAUUCUGUCCAAUUUCACUGAUGGCUAACUCUGGCAACACAAACUUUUGUGAAAUGUGAUUGCCUGAAGAGGAGAUAUUUCUCAUGAUCCUCUGAUGGAAUCUGAAGGGUGCCAUCACUGGCCUAUACAACAUAGCUUUAGUACUUGAUGUUCAGCAGCAGAACGGCCUUAGUCUUCUGUGAACACACGCCAGGUACCUGAAUUGAGUUAGGGAUAUGGCUUCCAAUUUAUGCUGGGUGCUGAAAAUAGUGUUGGCAUGGCAUAUUGGUCAUAUUGUAAGUUGGAACACGCAUACAAGUUGUGAUGUGUUCCACCUUGAUCUUGGCUUCUAUUAUUUGAAUUGAAUUUUGUGUAAGCAGGAAGUGUGUGUCAGGUUGCCAGUAAGGUGUGGGGGGUAACAUAACAUACAGGGAUAUAAUUUCUAAUUAGUGGGUUAAUAGCUGCUUGAUCCAAGGAGACCUCUGACUGCUAUUUUGGGGUCAAGAAGGAAUUUUUUCCUAGUUUGUUGCAAAAUUGGAAGCGCUUCAGACUGGGUUUUUUGCCUUCUUUUGGAUCAACAGCAAAAACAUAUGUGAGGAAGGCUGAACUUGAUGGACGCAAGUCUCUUUUCAGCUAUGUAACUAUGUAACCGCUAAUUGGAAUAUGUAAGAACGAAAGGAAAGCAAGGAUCGGAAGUGGAAAGUAACUCAUACCUCACAAGCCUAUACUUUCAAAGUACAAGUGCAACCCAUGAACUAGUAAUUGAAUUGAUUAUAUCAGAACGUUUAAUAAAGUAAAUAUUAAAACAGGUAUGUAAAAAGUAUCACAGCUAUUUUAGCUGAAAGUAAGAAGAGGGAAGGAGUACUGGCUUGAGAAAUUAAUAAUAAUAACAGGGAAAAGGGAAGGGAGUAUACAACAAUAGGAGAAACCUAUGUACACCAAAUAUCAACUAAAGUGCCUUUGUGGGCACCCCUUAAAAGUAUAGACUCCCAUAGCCUCGAAUACCAAAAACCCGUACCAAAAGAAAGAGAGCAAGACUCCUACCCCUCACACUGAUUGCUAACCAUUGCUAGCUGGUAAAGUAAAUAGAUUAUUUCAUACUAAAAUCACAGCGUGGUGGCUUGUUUAAAGAUUAGAAUAUAGCUGCAGCAUCACCCCUUAUCUAACUGCCGCUCACUGCUCAAAACUGUCCCUUUGACGCGCAUUUCGACGAAUAAUGGUUCUUCCAGGGAAAACAGGUCUAACAGUGGUUUAAAUAUCCCGUCCUAUGCUCCGAUUAGAUGUUAUUUCCACCAACCGGACUGAAGGGCAAAGAUGACGUGAGUAAUGUUUAUUAACCCUUUGUAAUAAGGGUGAUCUUAAGUAAAUUAGUGUAAUUCAAUGAAUUCCAAUUCUCUUAAUAAAAGGAAAGAAAAGGAGAAAGUAGGCUAGAUAAUCAUAGCCGGAAAAAAUCCCUUGGUGAGUAUCGGUGUAGAACGGACAUUAUUAAAUCAUCGUUAUAUUAAACCAAAACCUACAGUAAAGUAGAAAUCUAGUACGGGAUCUGUGCUAGAUCGGAAGUGUAAUAAGCCACUAACAGCAAAUGUUACUAAGUAGCUACAAUAGGGAUGUGCAUGGGAAAAAUAUUCGGUUCAGUUCGUCAUUCAGAUAUUCGGGACUUCGGCACUUCACGGGGUUGGGUUAGGCUUAGGGGUAGGGUUAUGGUAGGGUUAGGAGAAUGGUUUGGGGUUACCCUACCACUAACCUAACCCUACCCCAACCCUCUCCUGUUUUGCCACUUUUCAGAAAUUUGAAGCACUUUCCCAAAUUUGGCGGUUCGGCACUCCGAAUUUCGGCACUUGUUCGGUUCGGCAUUCAGAAAUUUGGCACUUACAAAUUCAGCACUUCGGACAUUUGGAAGCAUCUGAAUUUCUGAAAAUUGGCCGAAUUUGCAUUCGGAACGAAACGAAUUGCACAUGUCUAAAGAACAAUUACAACCGCCCCCAGCCAACUGUAUGUACCGAUACAAUGUAAGUAGUCAGUAUAUCUGUCAAACUUAAUGUCAGAAUGUCAGUGGUGAACCGGCAUCCCAAAAGUGAAACACACACAUGGCUUAAAACAGCCAAUGUGAAAAAUGUGUUAUCAAGUUCAGUUCAGUGAAUUUAUGGGGAACGAUAUUGUAUCGAUACUAAUAAAGCAUCUUAUUUUUAAUUUAUUUUUAUUAAAUAAAAAAUUUUGUUUAGAAGCUGCCUUCAUGGAAAAACAGAUAUAUUUAAGUUGCUGAGGAUAAACCAGCCGUUGUUAGACUAAAUGAUCGUACCCAUACAGUGACCAGGUAUUAAAAUGACAGAAAUACAGUCUUUAUGUAUUUCUACUACAGUCCUCAACAAAACUAAAAGACAGACCCCAUGAUACCUUAUUAAAUGACCUCUUCAAAUAUACUGGUGAUUUAAAGCCAGUUGGUUUAGAUGCCCCAAUUAAACAGUUGUAAGGAAGGGGGAAAUAAAGCCCCCUUUAUUCUAAGGAUGGAUGAAUGGAGUAAAAUUAAACUCCUCAUUUAGUCCUUUGGGAUAUAAGGUCCUAAACUGAUAGAUCCAACGAGAUUCAGCCUUUAGUAACGCUAUAUUAAUAUCUCCUUUGCGGUGAUUUAGGGAUAAUUUUUGAAUCGCUUGCAAUUUUAGUACACCAGGUGUGGCUACAUGGUUUAGUUGUACAUGUCUAGCCACUGGAAUGUCGAUAUUUAAAUCAGUUAUGGAGUUGAUGUGUUGUAAUACUCUGCGGCGUAAUUGCUGGUAGGUUUUAUCAAUGUAUUGUAAACCGCACACACAUGUAAUAAGGUAAAUAAAAGUAGUUGAUAAAAGCAUUGAUAGUAACCUCCUUGGAGGUUUAUUUGCUGACAACCGAUUUAGUUGCUAUAAUAAAAUCAUAGACUUUAGUGUCCACACUUGUAAAUGCCUUUUGUGGGUUGAAGCCAUGUGGGCGCUGUUUGCGAUGGUUCCAAGUGGCUAUGUGUUAGAUGAUCUGCCAAAUUUCUUGCCCUCCUAAAAGUAAUUGAAGGUUGACCGGCAAUAGUAUUUUUUAGAGAUUGAUCAGAUUGCAAUACUGGCCAGUUUCUUAGAAAAACCUGUUGGGCCAUGUCCCAAUGGUUAUCAUAGGUGCCUAUAAAUCUAAUAGUUCCUGGAGAUAUACAGGUAUUUCUAUCAGGUCUAUGUAGACUCUUUGCUCUUGGGUAUUGGCCAUAUGGAAUGUUAGCCUUUAAAUGGUAUAGAUGAACUGUGCCAAUGUAGCAAGCUGUUGGUGGCAGUUGGUUUUCUAAAUAGAGUGGUAGUAACUUCUCCAUGUUCUUAGAUAUUAAUUUUUAGAUCCAAGAAGACUAAUUCCUUCUCAUCGAUGACAUGGGUGAGUUUUAGAUUUAUUGCAUUCUUAUUAAGUGUGUCUAGAAAAUCAAAACAUCAUCUAUAUACCUGUACCAUUUGUAUAUAAAUGUAGUUAAUUAGGUGUUUGUAAUGGUGUACACUAGAUUUCCUCCCACCAUCCCAAAAAUAAAUUUGUCAUAACUGGGUGCACAAGAAGACCCCAUGGCUGUUUCUCUUAACUGUAGGUAGUACUUACCAUUACAUGUAAAAUAAUUAUGUUUAAGUACAAACCUGAGGAGAGAGAGAAUGUUCCUGUUUUUGUUCCUGUUCAUUGAAAACGUUGGAUUUGGCAAGAAAGUAAGCACAGCCUAUUAGCCCUUUGUCGUGUGGAAUAUUAUUGUAUAAUGCCACUAUGUCCAAACUGUCUAGUGAUGUAUACUGGGGUACAGUUAGUUUUUCUAAGACUAACAUAGUUUGUUUUGUGUCUCGUAUAUGAGAACUUAGUUUUUGUACCAAAGGUUGUAAUAGUUUGUCAAGGAACUUACUGGCUCUCUCUGUGAGGCUAUAAUUUCCAGACACAGUUGGUCUCCCAAUUGGGGGUUUGCAUAAAUCCUUAUGCACUUUUGGGAGGCAGUAGAAGGUAGCCACAGUUAUGUUAAUACGAAGUAUCUAUAUUCAUUUGGUAUAAUAACUUUGUCCGUCAAUGCCGUUUGUAAAAUAGUUAUUAGUUUCUUUAGAUAAAUGGAAGUGGGAUCACCCUUUAGUGUUUGAUAUGAGGAUUCAUCUGCCAAAUGAGUCAUGCACAUAUCAAUAUACUGUUCUUUUUAUAUAGGGAAGAUAUUACCCCCUUUGUCUGAGGACUUAAUGACUAUGUCAGAUUGCUGUUGUAAUUCCUGUAAGGCUGGUCUUUCACUAAAAGUGAGGUUAGAUACUUGUGUAUAUUAGUUUGGUUUUCAAGUUCAUUAGUACAGAUUUGAACAAAUAAAAGAAUUCCCCUGUACUGAUUUAAGUUGGGGGUAAACCAGCUCAAAGGUUUAAAAUCUGUAAGGGAACUAGAGGGUUCUUGUUCUGAUUUUAAAUCUGUCAAGAGUCUAUAUAACUCAAAGUCUUCUGUGGAGAGUCCCAUUUCCUUCAUUUUUUCCAAGGUUUCUCCUCUCAUGAAAAGAAUGGAGGGCCAGUUUCCGACCAAAAAGGUUUACAUAUUUUGCCCAAUUAAACAUAUUUUUGUGAGUUGUUGGUACAAAGGAUAAACCUUUGUUCAAAUGUAAUAGAUGUCUAGGUUGCAAAUCAAAGUGUGAUAAAUUGAUUAUUUUAUUGUCAUCCAUCUUGCUAUCUAUUAGUAAUUGUUCUUGUGAGUUUUGUAACCCUAUUUUCUCCAGUCUGAGUCUCACUCUCUGUGGUCGAGCUCAAUCCUAGUCCAAUUCUCAUAGAUCCUGGAGUAAGUUUCAUUAGAGGAUUUUUAUUUCACACAUUAAUCACAAAUUAUUAAAUAAAUUUAUUGUGACAAUAGUAAUAAUAUGAGUGAAAAUCAGUGAAUAUGUAGGUAUAACAUAUGAAUACAAUAUGGCAGUGGCUUAACACAAAUUAUAGACCGCUAAAUUGCAAAUUAUAUCGACAUGUAUGCAGUUUUCAACAAGAUAUACGACAAGACACUUCACUUUGAAAUCAACUUAACAGCAUCUCACAGCAGCACAACGUAAAGCAAUAAAAACUUUAGCUGACAGUCAAAUCACACUGAAUUAGCUCAUACACUGCUGGCUGUAAUUCUCAUAGGCAAGAUAUCCUUUUAUAUUGCAAUUUUACAGAUACAAUAUUUCUCAUACUAGAUAAUUGACCAUUCCGAUCACCAUCCAAUAAGAAUAAUUCUAACCAGAUUUUAGGUUUGCAGAAUUUUAACUUUCCUAAUCACGAUUUACUAUUUCUAAAUUACGAAAUCUAAUAUAUCUGGAUAAUUGCCUGGUAUUCUAUUUUUAAAGUUAAGUGAUCUAGAGUUCAUUGGUCUACCUGCAGGAAUGGAAUUACGAAUUCUACAUGUUAACGAAUCAUGACUUCUUAAUGUUGGAAUCACCAGCUUUUAUCCAAGUAUAUUCUGCCUCUUAGUAAAAUCAAUUAAUUUAAAUAAAUUAAAUAAAACAAGCAUAAUUGGCAGUAAUGUUGUAGAGUUUGUCAGAUUCGUAGAUAUGUCCCAGGAAUUUUGAAUGCGAGUAUGAUGAGAAUUGUGGGAAAUUUAGAAAUGUUUUCAGAGUUCAGAAUUUUAAGGAAUUUCAAAAUUAAGUGUUGAAAAAAGAUACAAAGAAUUAGGUGUGUCCAGCUUUAACUCCAGAUGUCAGAUCUUAGAUCUUAGAUGUGAGUCCAUCCUCAUAGUGAGUGUGUCUAGAGAGUGUGAGUGUGAGUUUCCGUCAAUGUUGAUAUUAGUCGCAUUCCUUAGCUCAGGCAUGAAUGAAUAGAGUUACACAGAAGUAAAAAUGUGUCUGUCUUUGCAUUGUAAUACAAAAUGAGGUCACCUCUGUUCUGAUGGUGACUUACAGUAUAUACUUUUAAUUUCCAUCUUAACACAAAAUGUCUGCCAGUAUAAAUAUACUGACCACUGGCUUUUGGUAUUGGAGGCUAUGGGAGUCUAUACUUUUUUUGAGGGGUGCCCGCGAAGGCACUUUAGUUAAUAUUUGGUGUACAUAGGUUUCUCCUAUUGUUAGAGUAUACUAUUUUCCCUGUUAUUAUUAUUCAUUUUUCAAGCCAGUACUCCUUCCCUCUUCUUACUUUCAGCUAAAAUAGCUGUGAUACUUUUUACAUACCUGUUUUAACAUUUAAUUUAUUAAAGGUUCUGAUUUCAUCAAUUCAAUUACUAGUUCAUGGGUUGCACUUGUACUUUGAAAGUAUAGGCUUGUGAGGUAUGAGUUACCUUCCACCUCCAAUCCUUUCUUUACCUUCGUUCUUACAUAAGUUUAGGGUUAAUGCUGCAGGUUGGAGUUUACAGAUGUAGAUGUAUUUAGUAUUCUGAAUUGAGUCAGAGACUUUGUGUUCUAAUGUGAUUCAAAGAACGUGUUGGUUUAAGCUUGCACAUAGAAUGUGAUAUAAGGCAAGGUGACAAGCAGGGCCAAAAAAUGUAUGGCCCCUUGUGCAUGUCUAAACUUAACAGAUGUUGACAUUUUUGUGUUUUUUUUUUAUUUAUUUUCUUUCGUUCUCUUUACGAUGUCUAAUCCAACUAAGUCUUGGAAUUCCUUGGAAUAUAGAAAAGACCAAAACACAAAACAUUUGUGAUGCAAUUUGUAUCGUAGCUUUACCGUAUGGGUACAAGACAAGGUUGUACUCUGUGUUCUAGAGAUGCUGCUAAGAGAGCCAAAAUAGCAUUGCAUAUGAGCCGGCUCCAGCCCAAUUUACUGCUGAUAUUUUUGGAUGUCAGGCUGCUUUACAGUCUGUUCCUACAUCUAAGGAUGCAACUAACAGUGGGGUUCUUAAGUUGAUUUUUAGUUUUAGUGUCAAAAGCCUUUAACCCCUUAAGGACCAAACUUCUGGAAUAAAAGGGAAUCGUGACAUGUUACACAUGUCAUGUGUCCUUAAGGGGUUAAACUUUAUUCCAGCUGUGGGACAGCCUCAUCACUGUAGCACAAUUCUCCUGUUUGCAUGCUGAAGACAGACCUCAAAUAGAUUUAAAUAAUUUAAUCUAUUUGUGACAGAAGCCUCUAAUGGCUGUUUGUUUUUGCUGGUAUUUAUAGUCAAAGGGGAGGAGUAAGGUUGCUAGUUAAUAAAUUAAUGCUUUUAAGUGCUGCCUGGAAGUAUGAAUGAGAAACCCAUAUGUGAUCACUGAUGAUAAUCAAGUGGAUAGGGAAAUUUUCAGCAACUAAAUUUUUGUUUUUUGUUACACAGCAGCCACUAUCCUUGAACAUGGUCCAGCCUUCACGUUUUUGGAACCAGUUUCAAUUGCCAGUCAUGUUGUGAGACCAGAGUUAAUAGAUGGUAAGUUAACGUGAGAAUAUAUAUGAAGUGAUUUUUAGACACUUCAGUGAGCACUGCACUAUAUAUUCUUCCUUAUAGGCAAGAUCAGUCUGAUAUGCAAAUGCUAUACGUUAUCUUUGUAAUGGCACAAGUGAGCAAAAUAAUUUGUGAUUCAGCGCUGCGGAAUCUGUUGGCGCUUUAUAAAUACCAGUAAUAAAUAAAAUAAAAAUACAUGAGCAUUGUACAGCACUACGUAAUUUGCUGGUGCUAUAUAAAUAAUAAUAAUAAUUAGCAGGGACUAACUGAAGGGCAGCUCUGAGUUUCUCUAAGCUUAUGUCCGUUCUCAGAAUUCUCAUGCUCUCUGGUUUUUUGUCCUCCCAUUCAGAAUUAAAAAAUGCUUUAAUGCUAAACAAGAGUCCCCAGCCACCCAUCCUCUUUGUACAGUUUGCACUAAUGACAAGCAUUAGCCUGAGAAACAAUGGGCUGCUGUGAUUGGCUGAUAGGCUAAAUGAAGUUCGCUGACACUCUCACAGUGCCAUUGCAGGUAUUAAUCCAUUGCUACACGGAAGUGUGUGAUUUCUGCCUUACCCACAAUUACAGAACUAUGGGAAGCCAGGGACCUAGUUCAGUGUUAGACUGCUAAAAAGAGGGAUAGUGCCAUGUGAUGCCAGGCACUAGAACAAAUUAAAUUUGAUUAAAUGUGUCCUUUUACAGUAAAUUGACAAAGUUGGAAGCUGUGAACAAUGCAAAGUGGAAGUGAAUGAAAGUCAAUGCUAUCUUCCAUUGUUCGAUACACUUGUGUGAAUAUUUUUUAUAUAGUGACAAACGGCACAUUAAAAAAACUUUAAUUGGCGGUAAAGGAAAUUACUUCAUUGGAAUUUUUUUAUUUUUUUUGAGAAUUGAGAUUGAAAGUCAGAAAAUGACACAGCCAACUAUUCAAGAUCAAUAAUCUCACAUCUGCUCUUCUUAUUCUGAACUCAGUUUGGCUUUGAAAAUAAAAUUGCAUAACGUGUGUGUGUGUACGCGCACGCGCGCCAAGAGCUUUUCUGAAUUUCUUAACAAUACCAUUUCACCCCCUCCCAGCUCUGUCCACAUACAACCCCAUGGCUCUGGCAUUGAAUGACAUGCUCAAGCAGCAACUUCUGCUGACCAAGAACUUUGUGGAAAUGGCUCGACAGCAGUACCUGUCUACAGUCAGUGCUCUUGAAAAUGAGAGAUACCAUUACACCACACUGGAGGACACCAAAGAGGUAAAUACCGAGGACUACAACUAAUAUUUAGAAAAGUCAAAAGCAAAACUAUAUUUCUAUUCACCAGUACAUUUUUUUUUUUUUUUUUAAACAUUCUUUAUUUAUUGUUUUCCGGUGUGGAAAAAGAAAACAUUAGGGUACAGAAAUGAAAGAGGGAGGGGGUGAAACAGCCACAAUGAUACAGGAGCACAAUAUUUUACUUGUCUUUGCGCCUUAGGGUGUUGCGAACAAGUAGUUGUGUCUUGGUGCGGUCCGUUGGUUAGGCGUUUAUCGUGCAAUAGUGCGGGGUUCAGGGAUUUCUGUUUUGGACUUAUUCCCUUUGCCCAAUUCGUUUGGACCAGUCUGUAUUGGUGGCCGUAUGAGAUUUGCGGCUCGUCUCGUUAACAGUUUUGUGGUAGGGUGGGAUGCCCCCUAUUGACUAUUUUUAUCGUCCUCGUUGCGUACUAAUGGGCGCCCCUGCGUCUGGGUAGUCAGUUGGGGGGGGGGGUGGAGAACCUAUGUACAAGGGUGAGAGUACCAUGGCGGGACACUAUUUCGGGAGCCCAGUAGACAUCCAAUGGUUCGGGUUGGGGUAAUAUUUGUACUGUGAGUUUCCGUGCGUUGGUCACCAGUACAUUUUUAAUUCCAGUUUUUCCUGUGAUAUAGCGGCUGCACACAUGGUUGUUCGACCUGUAUUGGACAAGUGUUCUAUAAAAACUUAGACUAAGAACAUUAGAUCUACGCCCCACCUAUUCCCUCCCAAAAUAACAAUAGAAACUUACCAGUACCACAUUAACUCGGUACUUGCCUGAAAAUGUGUGGGACAGAUAAUUAUCUUAGGAGGAGGGACUCUGCAGGACCAUCAUGGCAGUCUAUAAUUUAUGUCCAGCUGAUGUGGUUGACUCAAGCAGUGUGUGUUCCAAAGCUACUAGAGUGGCUAGUUCCGGAGAUGGCAAAAGAGAAGCUGUUGCAUGCAUUCCAUGACUUACCUUUGCACUAGUGAACAUUCAUGACACCAAUAUUUGGAAAAGGUAUUUAAAUGCUUCUGAACCAAUAUGUUCCAAGAGUGUGAGUCAAUUCAGAUGUGCCGCCUGUUCUUCCAUGAAAAUAUAGGCCCUCUAAGGUGAGAGAUAUUAUCUCUAAUUAUAAAUAGUUUGCUUAUUGGUAUUAUUUGAUAUAUAUUUCUUAUAAAAGUCCAGUCCACCUGCAAAGUAGUGGAAAAGCCUGAACAAAAAUAUAACUAAAAAAAUAACUAAAAAACUGAUUAUUUAUAAGAUAAAAGCAACUUCUAAAUCUAAACAUUUAAGCUCUGUGCGGUGCAUUAUUAUAUUGCCUGAUGUAUGAAAAAAACAAAACAAGGUAAUCAGUGUGCUAAGGAAUUGCUUAAAAAUCGAAGCAGCAGGAUUUGUUGGCUUUCUUAAUCUUUUACUACAAUCCUCAUAACCACUACAUCCCAACUUAUUUUUAGAAUGCCUGGAGUACCCUGGCCAGGUUCCUCGGGAAUGGGGCAAAACGUUAAAUGUUGUUGAAACUGGAUCUCAAUGACAUGCUUCCAGCUCCUGCACAGUUGCAGAAGCCACGAGCAUCGCCAAUCAUUGGUUGAGAGUAUCAGCUAACCAUUCUCAGUCAACGACUGUCCAUGAAAGUUGCACAAAGUUGACAUUAGCUGUGAAGAAACUCUAGUUGCAGGCUGGCUGAUGACAGACCAAUUCCAAAAAGAGAGAAUGGAAAAAUCGAGGUAAAGCGGCUGUAAAGGCCUUGUCAGCUUUUCUCCCUAAUACAGGUUUUCAUGCAGAUACGGUAGUGUUAAAUGUAAGACUGUCUGUCUUUCUUUCCUAAAGUGUACUUCAACAAUUAAUCAAUAAAUAAAUCUGUCUAUACUUUGUAACUAUUCAAAAUCUUCUAAAGAAAUUAGAUUGCAUUCUUUGGAUUUUAAAAGAGCAAUGGAAUUUAAUUUGUAAAAGACACCUAGAAGAUCAGAACAUCUGUACAAUGUAAAGGAACACACAAAGGAAAACAAGCUUCCAAGGCCAAAAUAUCUCUACUCAAGCUAUGUCAACAAAAAGGGCCACAAAAGCAUGUGCCUUUUCCUGAAAGGAUCUGCCAAGCAGGAAACUAGGCAACCAUUCAAUACAUUCAUUGGGAAAGUAAAUAAUUUGUAAGCAUUCCUACAAAAAAUUCCUAAAUAUUUUUUCUUCUCCAAACAGUGUGUAAAUUUGAAGUUUAUUAUGGUAAUUGCUAUUUGCGUGGUGCAGGAAAGUACUGUACAUGAGCUAGUAUUUCAGUUGUUGCAAUGAUUUGAUUUGUUCCUACUGCAAGCUGUACCAUUGUUCUGACCUUAUUUUAUAUCUGCAGUAUAUUAGGCAGCAGAAGUCUCUGAGACAAAAGAAGAGACUGGGAGUAGAAGCAGACAGGAGUCACCCUGCAGCUCGACAAAGAGAGCAGUAAUAAAGAUACGAAUCGGACUUUAAAUGCAGGUGCUGUAUGGAGGCCUUUUCAGUCAUACACACAGCUGCUUGGGACUGGACCUUUCAGGCCUAAUAAAAGGUUUUACACUUUUGAAAUAAAAUGCAUCCAAGGAAACUGUGUUGAGUGGACUUGGAUCCCGUCACAUCAGCACACACUAUAGAUGGACAGAUGCCAAUACCGCAAUUGCAUAAAUACUGUAUGUCUGUAUGUAAAGGUCACCAUUUCUUUAACAUGGUUUGUUUUAACAUACAUGUUCUGGUAAUAUGUACCCAUUGUUAUUGAAUUGUAUCAGAGAGCAUGUCCUUUUAGUCCCAAGCUAAAGAAAAGGACUUCAGCAACUGCUUUCAUGGAUCUCUCCUCGUUAGCAUCUUUUGAAACCCUUGAUUCUGAUGGGACUGACCAGAGCAGCACAAAAUAUAAGCUGUGUAUUGGGGUUAAUUCUAAUGUCUAGGUCACAGUAUUCAGCACCAGUAUUGUUGGGAGUCCCAAAGGUGAAGUGAAGUAUUACUUUACUGAGAGGGUAGUGGAUGCAUGGAAUAGCCUUCCAGCUGAAGUGGUAGAGGUGAAUACAGUGAAGGAGUUUAAGCAUGCGUGGGAUAGACCUAAGGCUGUCUUAGCUAUAAGAGACUAAUGAAAGUAUUUUAGAAAAUAGGGCAGAUUAGAUGGGCCGAAUGGUUCUUAUCUGCUGUCACAUUCUAUGUUUCUAAGCAAUCCCUGAAGAAAAUAUCCAUUUGUUAACCGCUUCUUUCUGCACCCUUCUUAACUCCCUAAGGACGGAGGUGAUUUUCCAAGUGCUGAAACAAAACUUUGAAUUAGUUAUCUAUUUGUUCCACCAUAUUUUUUUUUUUAUUUUUUUUUAAAGAAAGAAAAAUCUAUAAAUGGAUGGGUCCACUUGAAGAGAAACACGUAAAGGACAGAACAUUACUGAUGAAUAGCAUUCUCACAAUGGGGGGAAAAAAGCAACAAUUGUUUCACAUUUUUGCUUCUAAUUUUUACAUAUCCAAUGCAAUGAAUUAAAAAUAAGUUGAAAUAGAUUAUACUACUCCUGAUUAUUAAAUGCCAAAUAUAUAGGAACUAAAUAAAUUUUUGGUGUUAAAAGCUAAUCCCAAAUCAACCCCAAUACUAACUUUAUACCAACCAUACUUCCUACAUUGCUUACAAUUACUAACCGUCUACUAAUCUUAACCUUAACCCUACACUAUCCUAAAUACAGCAUUUAUCACUGUUACCAUAACACUACAGCUAACUCUACCAUAGUUACAAAUCUGAAAAGACUCUUGCAUCCAUCAAGUUCAGCCACAUUUGUUUUUUGCUGUUGAUGUAAAAGGAGGUAAAAAAAAAACCCAGUUUGAAGCACUUCCAAUUUUGCAACAAGCUAGGAAAAAAAUUCCUUCUUGACCCCAGAAUGGCUGUCAGAUUUAUCCUUGGAUCAAGCAGUUAUUACCCUACAUUGAAAGAUUAUAUCCUUGAAUAUUCUGUUUUUGCAAGUAUGCAUCUAGUAGCUGUUUGAACAUCUGUAUGGACUCUGAUAAAACCACUUCUUCAGGCAGAUAUUUCCACAUCCUUAUUGUUCUUACAGUAAAAAAAAAACCUUUCCUUUGCCUUAGAUGAAAUCUUCUUUCUUCCAGUCUAAACGCAUCACCUCAUGUCCUGUGUAAAGUCUGGUUUGUGAAUAGAUUUCCACACAAUGGUUUGUAUUGGCCCCGAAUAUAUUUGUAUAAUGUUAUCAUAUCCCCUCUCAGGCUAUGUUUUUCUAAACUAAAUAGGUUUAAAUUUGUUAACCUUACUUCAAAGCUGAUAUGUUCCAUUCCUUUUAUUAAUUUUGUAGCCCGCCUCUGCACUUUUUCUAGUGCCCUAAUAUCCUUCUUUAGAACAGGUGCCCAAAAUUGCACAGCAUAUUCAAUAUGUGGUCUUACCAGGGAUUUAUAAAGAGGCACAAUUAUAUUCUCGUCUCGAGAAUGAAUACCCUUUUUCAUGCAUGGCAAUACCUUACUGACCUUAGCCACUGCUGAUUGACAUUGCACAUUGUUGCACAGUUUGUUGUCUAUAGCAAUUCCCAAGUCCUUUUCGUGUGUUGUUAUCCCGAUUUGCUUCCAUUAAGGGUAUACGUUGCUUGUGCAUUCUUUACGCCUUAGUGCAUAACUUUGCAUUUUUCAACAUUAAAUUUCAUCUGUCAUUUGAGUGCCCAGUCUCCAGUCUAUCUAAAUCCCUCUGCAGCAAAGUAAUAUCUUGCUCACAUACCAUAACUCUAACCCUAAAUCUAACCCUACCAUAACCCCACCAUUAACACUAAGGAAACCCUCUGCUGAUAUCAAUUCUGAUAAUUGAAAAUGGGCUUCCUAGUCAAAAAAAAAGCAGAUGGUGGUCUGUGACCGACAUCGACUUGCUGCUUUCGUAAUUGCAUUUAAUGUAAUUAUAAAUGGAGCCUACGUCCAGGUAAUUACAUUGUGAUCUGUUCUGGGCUGCUGACUAAGCCCAGCACUGGUCAGCAUUGGCUAGGGACAGACAGGGAGACCUUGCCUGGAGCAUUUAAGACCCAUUUUUUUAUUUAUUUUUUUGACAGCUCAUCAAAACGUCUGGGACCACUAAAAAUGGCCCUGGCAGACAGAGGGGAACCCUAUGUAUCCUAUGAUUUUACCCGGCUCACACCAAAACUGCAAGACGUUCAAUGCAGUCCUACAGAAAAUUGAGCCCACUCUGGGUAGGAUGGCUUGGAAUGUUCUAAUGUCGGGACAAGGUUAAAGGAACAUUCCAAGCGCCAUAAUUACAACAGCAUGCUGUAGCUACUCUGCUUACAUGAAUGCCCUGAUGCCUACUAGUAUAAUUUACCUGUGGCCAAAAAGAUAGAUUACACAACUUUUAGUAAUAAUGUUGGCUCAGCAUACGUAUUAAUGUCCAGGCACUCAAUCCACCCUCCUGCUAAUUAAAACCGAAUCCAAAUAUCUACACUAUAAAUCCUAAAUCACAACCAUAAAGCAAUAGAAGAAUGGUCCUUAAAUAUGAGGUGCAAUUUUGCGCACCAGUUUUAAUUGGCUUUCUUUUUGUUAAAUAAAUCAUGACAACAUGUAAUAUGCCAUGUGUUCAUCUGAGGUUGUACUUACCUAAUUUUAAGAACUGCUAAGGCACAGAUUAUUAUGCUAUAUAAAACCAUAAUAUUCAAAGAGAAUGUACUUUCUUUUUGCCAUGACUGUACAACUUAUCAGUAUGGCAAAAAUAUUUAGAACUUUAAAAAAAAAAAAAAAAAAACUAAGUUUCUGUGGUUAUUUUCUCUGGGCCAGAGCCACAUUAAGUUUGCCCAGGGCCCUAGGUAGGAUGCCAUAAUGGUCCCCUCCUGGAGUCCUUGGCUCUUUUCUGUUGUGUGUUGUAUGUGAGGAAGAGGCUGAGAACUUAAAGGGACACUGUAGGCACCCAAACCACUUCUGAGAAACUGGUAAUAAUUACCUCUGAGGGUUAACUCCUCCUCCAGUGGAUGUCUAUGAGACAGCCACUAGAGGGACUUCCGUAAAAAAUCAGACCUUUGGUCCGUUAUUUGACACUGGAUGUCCGCAUCAGAUUUUUCCCCACAGGAAAGCUUUUAAUGUGUUCCUAUAGGCAUGCACAUUUGGUGGGGGAGGAGUGUGGGCAGAGUCUGACCCAGCGCUGAGGGACAUCGGCACUGGAUUCAGGUAAGUGACUGAAACUUUAACCCCUUCAGCUGCUCAGGAGGAUGGCAGUGAGGGAGGGGGGCACUGCAGGAUUCAACAGUGCCAGGGUUUAUUUUCCUGGCACUAUGGAAUCCCUUUAAUGUGGGAUUUUGGCUGAGUGUAUCUUUGUGUACUGGUUGAGAGGUGUGUACGGUGGCUGGAUUUUGUGGAGUCUAACAGCGUAUUCAUGAAAAUGAAUUUCAAACACGAAAAUAGCCAUAUUGGAAAUAUUCUCUAAAUCAGCUAUGCUUACAGUUUACUCUGAUCUAAAACUUUAAUUAUCACUUUAGUGAAUAACUCUGUAAGUGCAGUGGGGGAGAGGUCUUAGUGUGGCUGAGUGUUGUGUGCUGUCUGAGUAUUGUAGGAGGUUUAAUAAUGUGCACUCCUUCCUGCUUUCCUUUUUGUUAUCUCUGGUGGUCCAGUGGAGCAAGGCACACAAAGAGCAGGUGGUCUGUACCUUUAUUGGGUGCAGAUCACUAUAAGAGCUCCUUCGCAGUCCCAGCAGUCCACAAUGCUCCCUCAAAGAGGUGAGAGGACAGGGGCGAACUGGGAAUAAAAAUUAUUUUAUUUAGCAAACUUAUUAGCAAAGUAGGUAUCAGAGAAUACGUUCACUCUUCAAAUAGAUCCUUAAGGGAACACUAUAGGGUCAGCAACAGAAACAUGUAUGCCUGACCCUAUAGUGUUUAAUCCACCAUUUAGGUUGUUUGCCCCCGUUAGCCACCUUCAAAAUGUUAAAACUCACCUUGAGCUGACGCUGACCCUACCUCCGAUCCGCCUCCUUGGUGACUUCACAAUUGCCAAUUUUUUUUGUCUGAAAUCAGCAGGGUGGCGAGAAAGCAGGGGAGCCAAAUACAGUUUUGGCCAAUCAGCACCUCCUCAUAGAGAUGCAUUGAAUCCAUGCAUCUCUAUGAGAAAAUUUCAGCGUUUCCAUGCAGAGUGUGGAGACACUGAACAACAGUGCUGCUUACUGUGCAGCACUACCCCAGGAAGCACCCCAAGUGGCCAUCUGAUGAGUGGCCACUUGGAGAUGUCCCUAGGGGCAAUAUAAACACUGUUUGUGUGAAAAUGCCUGAAGGCAAUGAUUAUACUCUCCAGAAUAACUACAUUAAGCUGUAGUUCUUCUGGUGACUAUAGUGUCCCUUUUAAUGUACUGACAAACUUUCAUUGACUAAUACAGACACUCCUCACUUACCGAC